CAAAUCUUCCUUUAAUUAACUUUGGCUCUUUCUCUUCGUCUUUUGAGAAAGAUAUCAUUCCAUGAGCAAUUCUUUAGAUUAAAAAGCUGUGAAAUAAGACAAAAACUUUACUAAAACAUCCUCUUCAAACUUGUAUGCUCACGAGUGCUUUUAUUAUAUUCCCCCCUUCACUUUUAUAAAUUUAUCGCAUUUACAAGUAUAAAGUGGAGAACACUGGAGAAAACAUAAGUUUUAAGGAAGGAAAUAGAUCCUUUUGGCAUAGCAAUAUUUAUAAUGCACAAUCAGCUCCUCCGAGAUGCCGAGGAUUGACGAUAUUUGAAGUCCUUUGAAGUCACUCUAGCUAAAGAUAUGUAUAUAUGAGGAGUUAGGUGGGUGUUAGGAUAUGAUUUGAAUUUGAUUUAGAUUUGUUUGGUGUUUUGAGCCUAUUUUGUUUGGGUUUGGGCUUUGUUUUGCCAUUUUCCUUGUAUGUUUGCAAAAGAUAUUUGAUUUUCUGUUUGGGAUUAGGAGAAGAGUUCUAUAAAUACUCUUCACCACCCUAAUCUGUAGUAAGGUCAGUCGGGUUAGUUUGUUUGGUUUGCCCGUUUGGAAUUUGGUUUGUAACCUGUACUCUCCUCAAAUCAGUGAAAUUUGUUCUCCCCUGCCCGUGGAUUAGCUAGCACACAUUGUGUUAGUGAACCACGUUAAAUUUGUGUUCGUUUUGUGUUGGUUUGGAUUAUCGAUUGCACGCUUCUGUUUCAACAAGUGGUAUCAGAGCCUGGUUCUGUUCGAGGCGGUGGACGUCAGUUUGGUGGACCCUCAAUCGGUGACCUCGGGAUUUGAGAUUUGCGUUUGUCUGGCGGUUCAAAGGCGAUUCGCAUCUGUUUGGCGGAUCAAUGAGAGUUCUGCGUUUGGUGGAUCCUGGAGAGAUCCACGUUUGGGCUUGGCGGAUCAAGGAAGGUCUGCGUCUGGUAAAGUCCUUGUACCGAGAGGCCCAUCGAUACAAGGCGUCUGGCAGAUCAAGAUAAUCGCUGAGGUGAGGACACGAAGUUCGUGGUCCUUGUCUUGAGGGGAGGAUUGUUAGGGUACAAUCCAAGUACCACAUCUGAAAUACAAGGGAAGGAACCCUUGUAUAUUAGUGUCCACCAAGCUCAUUAGUACGAGGCCUUUAGGGGAGGACACCCAAAAGUAAAACCGUGCGGGCUUGGCCCAAAGCGGACAGUAUCUUACUAAUUGAGCGGCCCAAUUUCGACAAGUGGUAUCAGAGCCUGGUUGCGGUUUUGGGAAUUUGGUGCUGGACUGAAAUUUUUCUUUGUGGAGUUUGGUUGGAGUUUGUUUGAUAGUAAGAAUGGCUGCUAUCAAUAUGAAGAUUGAGAAGUUUACUGGAAUAAAUAGUUUCAGAUUGUGGCAGAUCAAGAUGCAAGCACUGUUGAAACAACAGGGUUUGUGGGCUCCGUUGUCUGAAAAAUCGAAGAAAAAAAGCAUAGAUGAAGAAGAGUGGAUUACUUUGGAGGAGAAAGCUCACUCUACAAUCUUGCUUUGUUUGGCUGAUGACAUCAUCACUGAGGUUGCUAUUGAGAAGACUGCCGCGGGUUUGUGGUUGAAGCUUGAAAGUCUAUACAUGACAAAGUCUUUGACCAACAAGUUGCAUAUGAAGCAACGUGUGUUCAGUUUGCGUAUGGAGGAAGGUACGCCUCUCAGGAAUCAUCUAGAUCAACUCAAUACUAUCUUGUUAGAUCUGCGGAAUAUUGAUGUUAAAGUAGAUGGUGAGGAUGCUGCCUUAAUUCUGUUGGUAUCUUUGCCACAGUCAUAUGAGAAUUUUGUGGAUUCUUCUAUUGCUGGAAAAGAUAGUUUGACUCUAGAAGAUGUCAGAUCUGCUCUACAUACUAGAGAGGUGCGACAUAAGGCGUCUGGUUCAGGUUCGGAAAAUCAGGUAUCUGGGUUGGCUGCUACGGGAAGUAGGAGACAACAAUCUGGUAGUAGGAAGGCGAAUAUAAAUUCGAAUUCUGUUGGUUUGAAGGGUGAUAUCUGUCAUUACUGUAAGGAGAAAGGACCUUGGAAAUUCGAUUGUCCUAAAUUAAAGAAAUAUCAGGAGAAGAAGGAAUCAUCUGUUGUUGUGGCGGAAGAAACUAACUCUGAUUCUGAAGAUGGUUUAGCCUUAGUCGAAUGAACAGGUACAUCAUCAGGAUGUGUGGUAUUUGGAUACUGUAGCUGAUUAUCAUAUGUGUCCAAGCAGGGAGUGUUUUUCAACUUAUGAGCAGAUAUAUGGAGGACAUGUUUCUAUGGCCAAUGGUGCUAUCUGUAAGAUUGUUGAAAGUGGCUCUGUCUGGAUGAGGACUCAUGAUGGUUCUGUUUGCACCUUGAACAAUGUUAGACAUAUUCUAGAGAUGACUGAGAAUCUGAUAUCUCUGAGUCUACUCGACGAUAAGGAGUUCAGUUUCAAAGGUGAAGGUGGAGUGUUGUCUGUCUACAAAGAUUCUAAGGUGAUUUUGAAAGGUGUCAAACAGGGUGCCUUGUAUAAUCUACAAGGUUCUGUUGGUGAUAAGUGCACCAAGCUGGUUUUAAUGGCAAGUCUCAGCAUGGGUUGGACUUGCCGAAUGGUUUGAGUUGUUGACCGCCCUUAGGGGCAUUUGGAGGCAGAGGAGAUUCUAGUACAACUGAUUUGGAGGAGUUUGGUACGUCUUCCAAUUUUGAUUGCAUCUGAGUUUGGCGAUUUGCAUCACAUUUGAGUUUGGCGGUUUCGAUCGCAUCUGGGUAAAUUUGGCGAUAUGUAUCGCAUCUGGGUACAUCUGGCAACUUUGGUUGCGUCUGGGUACAUCUGGAAACUUUGGUUGCAUAUGGUACAUUUGGUAUUUGACAGAGAAUUCAAGUCAAGGUGGAGAUUGUUAGGAUAUGGCUUGAAUUUGAUUUGGGUGUGUUUGGUGUUUUGGGCCUAUUUUGUUUGGAUUUGGGCUUUGUUUUGCCAUUUUCUUUGUAUGUUUGGAAAAGGUGUUUGGUUUUCUGUUUGGGAUUAGGAGAAGAGUUCUAUAAAUACUCUUCACCACCCUAAUAUGUAGUAAGGUCAGUCGGGUUAGUUUGUUUGGUUUGUCCGUUUGGAAUUUGAUUUGUAACCUGUACUCUCCUCAAAUCAGUGAAAUUUGUUCUCCCCUGCCCAUGGAUUAGCUAGCACACAUUGUGUUAGUGAACCACGUUAAAUUUGUGUUCGUUUUGUGUUGGUUUGGAUUAUCGAUUGCACGCUUAUGUUUUGACAGUGGGCAUGCAGAUGGGUAAUCCGUGAUUUGACAUCGUCCACUCGCAAAUAAUCCAACUUGCAGAGGACGGGUGAUUGAUGUGGUUGGAUUGUGGAUCAAUAAAUCUCCUACCUGCACUCAUCGGCUGGGUGGUGGGUUGGUUGCGGUUCACCCGAAUGACUCACACCUCGUCUUUACAUGAAAAUAGUUGUUUCUUAUUUAUACUAACAAAUAGUUACCGUAUUUCUUAACCGCAUUACACACUGCCCACUGGCCAUCGACUUUUAAAGUUGAAAAAUUAGGAAUAUUUUUGUGCUACUACGAUUGCUCACUAUGUUGUGUAUAUAAUUUUCCUUAUAUUUGAGAUGCAAACUAUAAAUUAUUAAUGGUAUCUAAGUGAAAAAUGUUCUCUACAUAAUUUGGUUGAUGAACUAAGGAAAUUUUUUAUACAAGUGCUAGAGAUCUCCAUAGGUAACCAAUUGGGAGAAGUGUAUAAAUUGAUGCAGUCUUACUAAUUUGCGAGUAAUUGAUUAUAAAUAUUAGUCAAAUUGCCUAUUUACACAUUGAAGAAUUGCGUUUGCGGGACCCAACUGCACCCAUCCAUCACCCACCAAACCCAAUCCGAAGUAAUGUGUGAGUGGAUUGCGGUUCGCAAUUGUACCAAUUCGUUAGUAAACAAGUGGGUCAGUUUAAGACCAAAACUCACACAACCCACCCAUUGCCCACCCCUAUGAGGAGUUCUAUCAUACAUAGAAUACAUAUGGGGUAUCGCA